AAUAAAGGGUCUCAGUAUGUUUCCCAGGCUGGGCUGCUGACAUCUCGAUAUUGGUCUUCUAGCCUCUGGAACUGUGGGAGAACUGGGUUUUGAGCCAGCCAGUUAGUGGAAGUUCGUAACAGCCCCAGAAAUGAACACAGAGCCUGUUCCAUCCCUAAGACGAUUACUUAGGGCUCCUGACUGCUGAGCAUAUUGGUUUGGGAUGAGUUCUACACCCGCUGACACAAGGGUUCGUGGAGACUAUUCAGGGGUGCAGAGAGGCACGCAAGAAGCCAGGGAAUUCCCACGUGCUUCCUGAUCCCCUCAUAAGCUUAAUGGAAAUUUCUGGAGCGACCUGUGUUUGUUUCAUUAGUGGAAAGCUGGCAGGGAGCUUCAGGCAGCAGCCGUGAGCAGGUGGCUGGCAGGGUGUCACCAGUGUGGUAGCAGGCUCCGUGCGCCCUGAGGGAAACGUUGCAGGGACUCCGGACGCCACGGCUGGAUUGCAGAGAACAUGAGUUCCUCGGAGGAUCACGGCUAUCGCCUCCUCACUGACUACGCAAACGGCUUCAUGGUGUCACAGGUUCUCUUCGCCGCCUGUGAGCUGGGAGUGUUUGACCUUCUCUCGGAGGCCCCAGGGCCCCUGGCCGUGGCUGCCGUGGCUGCAGGUGUGGGAGCCAGCUACCACGCGAUGGAGCGCCUGCUGGAUGCCUGUGUGUCCCUGAAGUUGCUCACAGUGGAGACCAGGGGAGGACAAGCUUUCUAUGGAAACACGGAGAUGUCCAGAGUCUACCUGAGCAGGGUCAGCCCGACCUCACAGUGCAGCAUGCUGCUGUACAUGGCCAGGACCACUUACCACUGCUGGGGCCGCCUGGCACAGGCUGUGAGAGAAGGCAAGAACCAAUAUCUGCAGACCUUCGGAGUUCCCGCAGAAGACCUUUUCACCGCCAUCUACAGGUCGGAGGGCGAGCGUGUGCAGUUCAUGCAAGCCCUGCGGGAGGUCUGGAGCGUGAACGGGAGAAGCGUGCUGACCGCAUUCGACCUGUCCCUGUUCCCGCUCGUGUGCGACCUCGGCGGUGGGGCCGGGGCUCUGGCCAGGCAGUGCCUUUGUCUGUACCCCGGAUGUCACGUCACCGUUUUCGACCUCCCAGAAGUGGUGAGGACGGCAAAGCAGCACUUCCCACUCCCGGAGGAAGAGCAGGUUGGCUUCCAGGAAGGGGAUUUCUUUAAAGACCGUCUUCCGGAAGCAGACCUGUACAUCCUGGCCAGGAUCCUCCAUGACUGGGCGGAUGGAAGAUGCUCACAGCUGCUGGAGAGGGUCUACCGCUCUUGCAAGCCAGGUGGUGGCAUUCUAGUCAUUGAAAGCCUCCUGGAUGAAGACAGGCGAGGUCCUCUGCUCACGCAGCUCUACUCUCUCAACAUGCUUGUGCAGACGGAAGGCCAGGAGAGGACCCCCAGCCACUUCCAUGCGCUCCUCUCUUCUGCUGGCUUCAGAGACUUCCAGUUUAAGAAAACGGGGGCCAUUUACGAUGCCAUUUUAGCCAGGAAAUAACUUUCCUUGUGAUCUGGAACGACCAUCUGCUGGGAGAAGGCCUUGACGUGUGUGCGAUGGAUUGUACGUUGUUUACUGAGAAAUGAUGGCAAGGAACGCUGCGUGUCCCCAGGCAGAAGACUGCUCAGGGCGUUCUCGGAUGGUGAACUGUAUGUACCAGUCAUGCCCUCGUUACACUAACUCCCAAAACACAGGAUACAUGAUCUUGUCCCCUUUGCUGACUGGCGAAGAGUGCUUUCUAGCUUAUUUCUAUUUUACUAGUGAACAGGUGCUACCUGCCUAUU